GUGAAGUGCUAGAGGGAGGCAGUCCCAGCUUAACACAGGACCUGAUCAUCACACACACGUGUACGCGUGCCAACACACGCACGGCCUGUGGAAUGACGAGUUUUGGAAAACUUACGGACUACUUAACCCGCCGGCGUUCCAGGGAUGAACUGAUUAGCUGGAGGGAAGGCCGUCGCAGUGGAAGCUACUGCUGCACUGUAGCCGAGGCUAGGUCGUUGGAACGUCGGCUGCAGCGGCCCCUGCUGGCCAAGUCUAGAACUUUACCCAGCAUCCCUCAGUCCCCACUUAUCGGACGAGUGCAUCAGCACUCUCACGUCAUUCGUGGAAAUCCGCCCCACACACGCCUCCCUUCUAGCCCUGCCCACCUCAGCGCCUGCACAUUGCCCACUGCAGGUGACGCCUGGCAAUUGGAGGACGAUAAUGAGGGGGCGAGGCAUCGGGAAGGGCCGGGCGUUGUGGAGCCCCGCCCCCGGUCACAGUCUCCAUUCUCACACUUCCGUAGCCGGGCAGCAUAUCUAAGGAAGAGCGUCUCAGUUGAUGACCAGCUGGGUGGGUCAGAGUUUGACUCCGCCCAUACAGAAGGGAGGAGCUCCCGCAGUGGCAAAGGAAAACUGAAGAGAAAGUUUAGUCUUGGUUCUGCAGACAGAAAAGAAGCAAGGCAAAGAAGGGUGAACUCUGGCCUUGUGCGGUUGACGCAGCGUCUGUCUCUGAAGGACAGGCCGUGGAAGCAGGAGAAAAGCCUGCUGCGCUCAUCUCCCAUCUAUAGGAGGCGCUCUCUCAGUGUUGACUGGGUGGAGUCCAAGAUGGCUCAUCAGAUUCAGGAAACCCAGCCCCAAAUGACCCGGAAGUACCCGAAUGUUUCAGGCUCUUCUCCACCCAGCGCUGCGCGGCGUUUCUAUAGAAACCUGUCUGGGAAGUUCCGCACAGGGAACCCAGGACUGGAUGACCCAACUUCCGCAGCAGACAAGGAACCAGCGUGCAAGACCAGCGUGCAGCACAGUAGCAGGGCUCUAUUUGAGGCUGUGGAGCAGCAGGUCCUGGGCUCGGUGGAGUCUCUGCUCAGCAAGUUCACAGUGGAUGAGCUGGACUUGAACACACCCAACAGUGAAGGUCUUCUUCCUCUGGACAUCGCCAUCCUCACCAACAAUGCCCCUAUAGCCAAGACACUGCUCCGUGCAGGAGCUAAGGAGAGUCCUCACUUCGUGAGCCCAGAGGGGCGUGCUGCUCACCUAGCAGCCCUGGUACAGGAAGCAGAGCUUCGAGUGUCUGAGCUGACUGCCCAGGUAUCAGGGGAGGGGCCUGGAGCAGGGGAGGAGUCAGACAAAGAGAGACAGUUGAAGGGCUGGGAGUGGAGACUCCGUCUCUAUAAACGCAUGCAGACUGGAUGCACACAUGCCAGCCCCCCGGACCCCCCGAGCAGUGUGUGUGUGUGUGUCAGUAGCUGCUCCAGUCUGACUGUUCACUUCCAGGAGCCCCUCUGCCUCAAUGCCACUGUCGUCACCAAGUAUCGCGUGGUCUGGAGUUCCUCUCCAUCCUUUUCUCCACUGCUUGGUGAGAUUUUGAUUGAGGACAUGACACAGCUGCAGUGUGAAAUCACAGGCCUCCAAUCUGGUUUAUAUUACCAUGUUCAGGUGUUUGCAUACAACAUGAAGGGAUGGAGCUCACCUCAGAUAUCUGUACCUGCCUGUGCCACACCAUCUAGUUGGAGGGAUGUGGAUAGUCGUGCAAAACGACUGCAUGGCCUCACGGAGGCGCUAGAAGGAAUUCUGGGACAGAUUAAGGAGUUACACCAACAUUGCCUGUGUCACGAUCAGUGUAAGGGUCCUUCAAAUGUCAGGAAACACUCUGUUUCUAAAACCCUGAGGCAUCUCUUCCAACCUUCCAGCAAAUUCGUCAAAAAUCUGAAAAGGGGUUUGUAUGUGGCUUGUGUGUUCUACAGAGAGGACAAUAUUCUGGUCACAGCAGAGGAUCAGCUGCCUGUAGCAGAGGUGGACGAGUCUUACACCUCACGCACACAGGACUUCCUGUGGUUCACUAAGGUGACGUAUCUGUGGGAGGAGUUGACCUGGCUGCUGCAGUGUGUUAGCCCCACCCAGCUGUCCUGUUCCUGUACCCUACAGACACGCCUGAAAAUACUACAGACUCUCAGACAGCUACAGACUCUCCUGGGCACUCAGGACUUGGGUCAGGUGUAUGUGGAGCCUGAGAUGGACCAUCAUGGUAACACAGUGCUGGUGUUGAUUAAGGAGCUGAGAGACUGCUCUGGUCUAGAGGGGCUGCACUGGUCUCCCCUCAGCAGAGUCCAGCUACAGCACACACACCCACCCUCAGAGCACACUACAGCUACAGCACUGGACACACUCAUCACCACCCUGCACGAGAAGCUGACCUACCACAGGCGCUGUAGCAAGCAGUUGUCUCCAGGUCUGUAUCUGGGAUAUGUGAAGUUUUGCACCUCAGUGGAGCAGAUCAGAGUGCUGGUCUCCCACAAACUGCCCAACGUCUUCUGCCAUGUCAAAUUACGAGACAACAGCCAUGUCUCCAGGGAAGAGUGGCAGUGGUUGCGGUCAGUGAGAUCUCUGGAUGACACUCAGAAGCUGUGUGCUGACGAACAGAGUGCUCCACAUCGCCUCCUACUGGAGUUACGCCAUGCUGCCAAAGAGCUACUGAGGCACAUCAAUAUUCCAAACAAUCAGGCGCUGGACUUCCGUGUAUAUAUUCAGGAAGUGAUUGAGUUUGGGGAGGGUGUGUCCUUCCUGCUACUCCUUCCGCCAUGUGAGGAGGUGUGUACGCCCCCUGGACACAGCAGCCCCUACUCACCUCUGUCUGGAUCUUUCACCCUUCCGCUGCAGGUGUUUGAGCUGGUUAACUUCGAGACUUACUGCCCACGCUUCAUCAACCAGUACUGCCGUGCGUCGGCCAUCUUGGGUUUGGAAUCGCUCCUGUCCCAGCAGGCUUUGCGGGAGGCCUUCUCGGAGGCGGAGCUUCUCAGUGCUAAGCAGAAGCACCACAAGGUCCAGGAGCUCUUACAGCAAAUGGAGCAGGUUUGGCGGGAGGCGCGCUGGAUGGUACAGGUGUUACAGUGUGCUCGUUACAGACAGCAGCCUGCAGGUGUGAGUCUGAGCUCCAUCAUGGACUUCACCAAGGAGAGGGAACCUCCUCCACCUUCCACCUCCUCCCAGCUGGACUACCUCCCCUCACCCGGCCCCUCCCCCGACACGGGCCGCAAGCACCCCGAUGUACAUAGUUUAUCAGAUGAAGAUGAAGGCUCAUUGCAGGUCUUCCUCACUCCAGAGAGUGAUUACAGCUCCAGCAGGGACCAGACUCCCCCGGAUCCCGACCUACUGCCUCCAGAGUCUCCAUCACACACCUCUGCACACAUACACACCUCCACGUACUCACACACCACUGUCCACACUGACCCCAGUCAACCGGACGUGCUGCAGACAGGGGGUGGGAUCAGGACAGGGCUAGAGAUGAUCGAUAGUGAUUUCAUCCUACCAAGUCGUCAGAUUGAGCUGUUGCGCAUCACAGAGAAGAGAACAGCACUGUGUGUGCGUACCAGUAGCCUUGAGUACCCACCCCCUGUUUCUAUGGGAACGGUCUCACCAAAUGCCUCCCCACUGAAAAAGUGGACCUGCCCAUCUUCAGGCGGCUGCUGCUGCCCCCCCUCUGAGCCUGGCUUCCGCCCUGUCCGCACCCUGUCGGACCACAGCAGGACACAUCAUCUCUCUGCCCUCUCACCUAACACCCUCCGGUCCUGUUACACAACGCUGAGAGUUUACCCACAAUACCGCACAGGUCUGCCUAGGGAGACCAGUGUGAAGCUGCGUGUGACACUAGAGACACCUGCGAGGGAGAUGGUUCAUCUCGUGGUUCAGGAGAUAAACAGCAUAUGUGCGCAGCUCCGAAACACAGCGCAGCAGUGUGUGUGUACGACAGAAUCAUGCGCAGACCCAGCACAGGCAUGUGUGUGCGGUUCAGACAUGUGUGUGUACGGAGCGGAGCAGCUCCAACAUUUCGCCCUGGUUCUGGUGAUGGACGGCAGAGAGAGGUGGCUCCAGGAUGACCUUUGCCCUCUGACCCUGCAGAACCCCUGGACACAGGGCAAACUUUGUGUCCGCUUCAAACAGUAUUCCCCCCUCGCGCUGCAGAACAGCCACACUACCACCGUCUGACACACACACGCACACACACACACACACACACACGCACACACACACACACACACACACACACACACACACACACACACACACACACACACACACACACUAGCCGUUUAGUACACUGUGUCUCACAGUAAUGUAGCAGUAGGACUGGUUCCAGUCCAGAACACACCGAACAGACUGAACUGGAGGAAACCGAUCAGAACCAGCCAACAUGUCUACCUGACCUGACCUGACCUGACCUGACCUGACCUGACCUGACCUGACCUGGGCCU